CAGGUUUGGGGGCAAGCUUUUAACUAACAGGGCGGUUUUAGUUUUACUUGUGUAGUCGUGUACCCGACCCCGAUCCGCGUCAUCCCUACUGUCGACUGCCGGCGCCUGAGCUCAGUUGACUGUUGUCCUUGCACUCUUCUUGGUCGAUCUGCAGACAGGGGCGGAGGGGUGGCCCAGUGCAAAAAUAAGGCUCGUCUAGUGUAGCAAACUGUCUGGCCGUAAUCUAAAGCAAAGAAGCGCAACAGCCAAUCGACAGAGAUAACAUCCGACGCAUCAUGCACCUCGCGCACAGAGACUGCAACGCCGAUUCGUCGGAUGUCGCAGCUCAUCGCUCGCUUGCUCCGUCGCUCUCAUCGCUGGAGGUCGGACACGCACGGACGCCCCUCUGCUGCUCGUCGUCUGCUCCUGCCGGUCACUAGACUGCUGUCGUCUUCUCUAGAGCCUUGAGGACUCCAAUCUGCUGCUGCUCGUCUGCGCUGGCUGCUCGUCUGCGCCGGCUGCUCGUCUGCGCCAGCUGCUCGUCUGCGCCGGCUGCUCGUCUCUUAAGCCAAGAUAACUAGGAGAACUGUAAAGCUGUCGCCGACGAGUACAUUGAAUGCGAAAUCAUGAUUAUCUUGAUUGAUUUGAUCCUACAUAAAAGACAAGCUUAUAGGCACUUGUUCUACAAUAUGUUUACUACGGAGAAACUUAAUUUUGAGGGAUUAUUAUGGAAAUUACUACUGGUGUUCCUUCUCUUGGAUUCUUAUAGAAUGAUGAUUUUAUGCACUAGUCCUGAGGAGAGGAUCUGGCCUACGACCUUUGCUUCACUGGCCUCCAUCUACAGAAAGGUUAUGUUUGGAGUCAUCUUUGGGAACCUGGUUUUGCUUGGAACAUUACUAUUUGGCGCAACGAGGUUUCUGGAAUCAAUUGUUAGAAAUUCUGGGUAUAGGUCUGUACUGCUUGCAAUCCUCGUCUCGAGUUACUUAAAGAUCUUCCUUGUGGCCAUGAUGGUGUGCGUUUUGCUUUCCGCAUUAAAUCUCAUAUAGGUCUGUACAGGAUCUCAUAAGGUUCCCAUAGCAAAAGUACAUAUACCCCAUGUACUUUAUUUAUUUAUCAUCUAAAUAACCGUGCCAUUUUGCUAUGGGAACCUUCUAGCGGGACGGAGGUAGUACUUUUUUAUGAUUUCUCAUACGAUGUUUAUAUUGCAUUUGUAAACUUUUAAAAAAUAUUUUCUUUUUAUUAGAUUUUUACUUUAGUAGGUUUUUUCUUAAAUAUUAUAAUCUCCGUCCCUCCAAGAUUUAUCAAAUUUGGUAAAAUUUGUGUGACUUUAAAUCAUUUUUACUUUAUUCGUAUUUUAUCGAUUUAAUAUCAAUCACCUUUUUAAUAACCAUGUCACCUCUUCAUAUCUCAACCUUAGUGAAACUAAGGUAGUACUACGUGGUAAAUUAUACCGUACAGCCGGCUGUACGGUGCUCACCGUACAGCCGGACGUUUUGUAAUUAAAUCUCUAUCCCGACUAGCAACUCAUCGAUGACUGCCUUUCCCCUUCACGUGCAUAAAUAUCGCAAACGGCAUUCCGAUUCUGUACUAACGUUCGAUCACUGCCUUUCCCCUUCACGUGCCGGGAAGGAGCUUGAUAAACCAUUCCGUAUUCCUCAAGUGAAAUCACAGCUCCGAAUGAACAAAUUGAAGCAAUUUAAAGCAGCCGCCGAUAUAGAGCAUGGGCAUCCAUCUUUCUCAGCCAUCUCAAGAAAAAAACUCAAGCAAUCACAUCACAAUCAUGGAGGAGUCAUUGGGGAUGACACUGAUGGAUUUGAUCACGUUUAUGAAUAUUGAACAUACUAUAAAUGAGUUUUAUGUUAAUCUCAAAUGAGUAUAUCGCUAAAAUGAAUGAAAAUACACAAACGAGCUUUUGAUUUUUUCGAUACUCAUUCCGUAAGUUGUCUAUGCUCAUUUGGUAUCGAUGUUCUACUCAUUAGAUUUUAACAUAAGACUUGAUUAUAGACGCGAGAGCAUAGAUAAUGAUGCUCAACCAUACGAUUCUAAUACUCAAUAGAAGAGAUUUGAUACUCAACGAAAAUGUAUUCAUGAUCAACUAAAAAACAUACGAUUUUCAUAUCAAU